CAAGCCCCCCGGAGAGAAGACGGGGGACCGGCCUGCCAAGAUGAACUCUUCCCUUGGCCCACGCCUCUUGGAAUUCAACCGGAGCAUCCCAGAGGACAACCUUUCCAGCCCAGUAGCCCCGAGCGGCCAGCCUCUGUGUGAGCAGGUGGGCAUCGCGGGAGAAGUGUUCUUGACACUGGGCAUCAUCAGCCUCCUGGAGAACAUCCUGGUCAUCUUUGCCAUCGUCAAGAACAAAAACUUGCACUCCCCCAUGUAUUUCUUUGUGGGCAGUUUAGCGGUGGCGGACAUGCUUGUGAGCUUGUCCAACGCCUGGGAGACCGUGGCCAUUUAUUUAAUCAGCAAUAAGCACCUGGUGAUGGACGACGCGUUGGUCCGGCACGUAGACAAUGUGUUCGACUCCAUGAUCUGCAUUUCCGUGGUGGCGUCGAUGUGCAGCCUGUUGGCCAUCGCGGUGGACAGGUACAUCACCAUCUUCUACGCCCUGCGGUACCACAACAUCGUGACGGUGAAACGGACGGGGGUCAUCAUAGCCUGCAUAUGGACCUUCUGCACGGGCUGCGGCAUCGUCUUCAUCCUGUACUACGAGUCCACCUACGUCAUCAUCUGUCUCAUUUCCAUGUUUUUCACCAUGUUGUUCUUCAUGGCCUCCCUGUACAUUCACAUGUUCCUCUUGGCUCGGACUCACAUGAAGCGGAUCGCCGCGCUGCCCGGCUCUGGUUCGGUCCGGCAACGGACCAGCAUGAAGGGGGCCAUCACCCUGACGAUGCUGCUGGGCAUCUUCAUCGUGUGCUGGGCGCCCUUCUUCCUUCACCUCAUCCUGAUGAUCUCCUGCCCUCAGAACAUCUACUGCAUCUGCUUCAUGUCUCACUUCAACAUGUACCUCAUCCUCAUCAUGUGCAACUCGGUGAUCGACCCCCUGAUCUACGCCUUCCGCAGCCAGGAGAUGCGGAAGACCUUCAAGGAGAUUCUCUGCUGCUACAGCCUCAGACUGAACUGCGGGUUCCCCGGCAAAUAUUGAGAAACAGAUUGUCCUCAGGUUUCCGUCUUGUUGGAACGAGAAAACCCAAUGCGCCCUAAUGGUCUCUCACCACCCCUGCACAUCCAAGGUAGCGAUACCUCAGAGGUGA